AUGCAUUGGUCGGAGCGCCCGGUCACCUGGACCCGGGAGGACCACCCGGCUGUCAUGCCAAACCUGGGUGGUUACGCCCUCGUCCUCGACCCCACUAUCAUCACGCCCCGACACACGUGCAAAUUCUCCCGGGUUCUCGUCGACGACGGCAGCAUCAUCAACAUCCUCUACCGUGACACCAUGACCAAGCUCGGCCUCGAGGCCAGGGACCUGGAGCUGACCUGGACGAUCUUCCACGACAUCGUUCCCGGCCUCUCCUGCUCCCCGAUUGGCCGGAUCCGGCUCGACGUCUUGUUCGGCGACAGCAGCCACUUCCGACGCGAGCCGAUCUGGUUCGAGGUGGUGGACCUAUCCAGCGCGUACCACGUGCUGCUAGGCCGGCCCACGCUCGCCAAAUUCAUGGUGGUCCCCCACUACGCCUACCUGAAGAUGAAGCUGCCGGGUCCAAAUGGCCUCAUCACCGUCACUGGCGACUACCGCAAGUCCCUGGACUGCGCCCAAGACGGCGCCAAGCUAGCCGAGUCGUUGGUCAUAGCCGAGGAGCGGCGCCAACUCGACCGGAUCGUCGCCCUGGCCCAAGUGGUGUCGGCCGCGCAGAUCCCGACUGAGGAGCCGGCCGAUGAGGCCGCGUUCAAGCCCUCCAAGGAGACCAAGAAGGUGAAGCUGAACCCAGAGGACCCCAGCUGCAGCAAAGAAGAGAAGGACCAUUGGUGA